AGCGCACAACAGUAGUAUCGCCCUCGCGCGAAGUGUACUGACAUUCCAUGCACGUAGCAAGAGGGAAGAAAGUGCUGUUUACUAGGCCUAGCCAGACCACACUACAAAAUAACCGAAGUACCAGAUCGUUGUCUUCUUGUGUAUGCACCAUUUCUUCUGUCGGAGACAUUGAGGGGAAACCUUGAACAGCCUUUUGCAAGUCAACAUGCCACAAAAACAGGAUAUUUUGUGGGACAUUGCAAUCCAUGAAACCAAACGGGCUGUCCAAAUGGAGCAUCAACCUCAAGGGAAAAAAGAAGGAACGCAAGCUGGAGUAGAGGCAACUAUUGUCAUAAUGGGAAGUAAAAGUGCGGGAAAAACAUCUGUUAUUCUGAGAUUUCUGGAGAAAGAGGAACACCCAAAGCCAACAACUGCUUUGGAAUACACGUUUGGGAGAAAAGCCAAAGGACACAACAUGUCUCUGAACCAGCAAAAUGCCUUCUAAUCCACCCCAAGCAGCAAGCCAGCCACAAGUAACAACUCAUCUCCCACUACAAUGGAAAUUUGAUGGUGGAAAUGGACUGAAUCAAAGUGAGUUGUGGCCAAUGUGGAUUAAGCGCUUUGAACCCUAUCGGAUAGCAUCAGGCCUGUCUCAAAAUCAACAAAGGGAACAGGUGAGCACUUUGCUCUAUGCUAUGGGUGAUUGUGCCAAUGACAUACUAAUAAUUCUAAGACUCAAUGAAGAAACUGCAACAUAUGAUGAAGUCACUCAGGCACUAAAUAAACAUUAUGAAGGCCGCCGUAAUGUCAUUGUAGAAAGGGCUUGUUUUAACACACGAAAGCAACAGCCAGGGGAACCUAUCGAUGCUUUCAUUCAGGACCUGUACCAUCUAGCUGACCACUGUGCAUAUGCGGAACUGAAAGACAGUCUCAUAAGAGAUAGAAUGGUCGUAGGGGUGUCAGAUUAGAAAUUGUCGGAUCAUCUCCAGUCCAAAUCUGACCACACCCUUGACAAAGCAGUCCAGGUAUGCCGCCGGGCGGAAUCACGAAAACUAAACCAAGAUGUGGUGAGAGGUGAAAUAAACUCACCUUCACAAGUCGAUCACCUCCGGUUGUCAUCUGCAUCCCACAUGGGAACGAGUAGAACCGGACAAAGUCAACGCCAAAAUGCACAGUCAUCUGCCACACCCAUCCAGGGAAGUUCAUGCCCAUGGUGUGGGUAAGAAUGACAUACUCGUGCUCACUGCCCUGCCAAAGACUCAAUUUGCUCGAGCUGUCACAAAAGGGGACAUUACAAAUGUGUCUGCCGCAGUUCAAAAGUUCACGAGGUGCAGGAUCUGCUUGAUGAUGACUCGGACUUACCAUUCCUUGGUGAAGUCUCCAGCAACAAAGACUACUGGACAGCCGAGAUAUCCUUCAAUGGACACAAAACAUGCUUCAAGUUAGACACUGGGGCAACAGUUUCUAAGGUCACUGAGCUCGAUGCCAAUAGUGGAUUCUGGCAACUUCCACUGGACGAUCAGUCAAAAUUGCUCACGAUACUGUUGGAUACUGUUUCAACAGGCUUCCCUUUGGCAUAUGCUCUGCACCAGAAAUAUUCGGACAAUGUCUGGUAUUCUGGUGGGCCUCGAGGGAGUAAUCUGCCACAUGGACGAUGUACUCAUCCACAGUACAUCUCAAGCUGUAAAUGAUCACAGGGUGAGAGCAGCCCUACAAUGACUGCAAGAGGCAGGACUAACACUCAAUAGCAAGUGUGAGUUUACAAGGAACACAAUCAAGUUCCUUGGCCACAUUGUAGAUGCAUCUGGUCUCCUCGCAGAUACCCAGAAGACAGCAGCCAUUGCCCAGUUCCCCACACCCACAAACAUUACAGAGCUACAACGGUUUAUGGGCAUGGUGUAUCAGCUUGGGAAAUUCAUCACUGGACUAGCAGAUCUCAAUGAACCACUAUUUCAGCAACUAAAGGAUACACUUGUUUCCUCCGUGAUCCUCGUUACUAUGAUACAAACCGCCCAACAAUCAUCGCAGGCGAUGCUUCCAUGACAGGUAUCGGUGCAGUUCUGCUCCAAAUUCAAGAUGACUGCAAUCGCCGCCCUGUGUGCUAUGCAUUGAGAUCGCUGAGCGACACAGAGAAUUGCUAUUCAGUCAUAGAAAAGGAAGCACUCGCGACAACCUGGGCAUGUGAGAAAUUCUCAGAAUACGUACUCGGAUUACAAUCCACAGUGGAAACUGAUCUCAAGCCCCUAGUGCCGCUUUUGAGCAUGACUGAACUGUCAAAAAUGCCACCACGCACUUUUAUGGUUUCGUCUCUGACUAAUGAGAUUCAACCCACAAAUCAUGUAUGUACCUGGCAAACAUCAGACAACAGCUGAUGCACUUUCACGAGCUCCAGUCGGGAUCCCUGAGAAAUCCGACAUAGCGUUUAUCGUGGACACAGACAACUUUGUUGACUUUGUUGACUUUGUUGUCAACACACUUCCUGCCUCCUCACAACGUCUUUUUGAAAUCAGCCAAGCUCACAAGGCAAAUGAGGAAUGUUCCCAAAUCAGACUGUACUGCCUAACAGGUUAGCCAGCAUACAUGCCCUACAACUCGCUACUUCGCCUGUUCCAGCAUUUCGGGAAUGUCUACCUCCUAGUCAUCGACUACUUUUCUUCACUGGAUAGAAGUCAAACAACUCAACGAGCAAACCUCACACAGCGUAAUAGCAGCACUGAAACCCAUCUUUGCAGUGCAUAGCAUACCCGAUAUUGUCAUGUCUGACAAUGGUCCCCAGUUCAAUGCUGAGACUUUCCAACAGUUUGCAGCAACGUAUGGAUUUGUGCACACCACAAGCUCGCCGCGAUAUCCACAAGCAAAUGGGGAGGCUGAGAGAGCAGUUUGUAUUGCAAAAGCACUCCUCAAGAAAAACACUGAUCCGUACCUUGCCC